UUUUUUUUCUUCUUUGUUCAGGAAGUGCUUCGACUCGGAGACUUCAAAAUCUUAUCAUCACCUCUGGGAUAUUCUUGAGAGUCAUAUUUGGUACUUCUCAGGUUGCCCAUCAUGAAGACCACUUGGAAGGAUAUCGCUCCUGUGCCCACGAGCCAGGAAUUUUUGGAUGUCGUUCUCAGCCGUACGCAGAGACAGCUGCCGACUCAGAUUCGUGCUGGUUUCAAGAUCAGCCGUAUCAGAGGCUUUUAUACCCGAAAGGUCAAAUAUACCCAAGAGACAUUCUGCGAAAAAUUCCAGGCUAUUCUAGAUGGAUUCCCCCGGCUCCAGGACAUUCAUCCUUUCCACAAGGACUUGAUGAAUACACUUUACGAUGCCGACCAUUUUAGAAUCGCUCUGGGUCAAGUUUCUACCGCCAAACAUCUCAUUGAGACUGUUUCCCGCGAUUAUGUCCGUCUCAUCAAAUAUGCCCAGUCUCUGUUCCAGUGUAAGCAGCUGAAGCGCGCCGCCCUCGGUCGCAUGGCCACCAUUUGCAGACGUCUCAAAGACCCUCUGGUCUACCUCGAGCAAGUCCGUCAACAUUUGGGCCGUUUGCCAUCCAUCGAUCCUAACACCCGUACUCUCCUGAUUUGCGGGUACCCCAACGUCGGAAAAUCCAGCUUUUUGCGCAGCAUCACCAAGGCCGAUGUUGACGUUCAGCCAUAUGCAUUCACAACCAAGAGUUUGUUCGUUGGUCAUUUCGACUACAAGUACUUGCGAUUUCAAGCCAUUGAUACCCCGGGAAUUCUGGACCACCCUCUGGAGGAGAUGAACACCAUUGAAAUGCAAUCCAUUACCGCCAUUGCCCAUCUUCGCUCCGCGGUCAUGUACUUUAUGGAUUUCUCUGAACAGUGUGGCUACUCUGUCGCCGACCAAAUCAAGCUGUUCCACAGUAUCCGCCCGUUAUUUGCCAACAAGAUCGUCUUCCUUGUCGUCAACAAGAUUGAUGUCAGACGCCCCGAGGAUUUGGAACCCGAAUACCAGGAAGAGCUUCAAUCGAUCCUCAAGUCUGGAGAUGUGGAAAUGUUGCAGUUGUCUUGCACCACUACUGAGGGUGUAACUAACGUGAAGAACGCCGCUUGCGACAAGCUACUGGCCGAGAGAGUGGCGCAGAAACUCAAGUCUGGAACAAACAGUUCUGGUACCCCGGGUGGACGUCUGGGUGAUGUCCUGGCCCGUAUCCAUGUUGCACAGCCCAUGGGUGGUGUCCAACGUGAAACCUUCAUCCCUGAGGCCGUUAAGACCCUCCAGAAAUACGACAAGAAUGACCCUAACCGGAAGAAGUUGGAGAGGGAUAUUGAGGAGGAGAACGGUGGUGCUGGUGUCUACAAUGUUGACCUCAAGAAGACCUACGACUUGGCCAACGACGAAUGGAAGCAUGAUAAGAUUCCCGAAGUCUGGAACGGCAAGAACAUCUACGACUUCGUGGAUCCCGAUAUUGAGCAGAAAUUGGCCGCCCUGGAGGAGGAGGAAGAGAAGCUGGAAGCCGACGGUUACUACGAUUCGGAUGAGAGCGUGGAAGAUGCUGAGGAUGCCGACACCCGCAUGAAGGCAGACCUGAUUCGCGAGAAGCGGGCUUUGAUGCGCAACGAUGCCAAGAUGCGCAAAUCUCUCAAGAACCGCGCACAAAUCCCUCGCAGCGCCAAGGCUAAGUCGCUGUCCCAGAUGGAGGAUGCUCUCGAAGAGGCCGGCUACGAUGUCGAUGCUGCUUCCGCCCGUGCCCGCUCCAAGAGCCAAACCCGUGGACGUACCACUACUCGCGAUGCCGAUGGCGACGAUGCUAUGGAUGUCGACAUGUCCGAUCCUCGCCAAGCCAUUGCCAAGGCCAAGGGUCGUGCCCGUAGCCAGGCAGCAACCAAUCGUCUCCUGGACGGUGUUACCGAUACCACGGCUCGCAGCAAGGCCGACCGUCUGAAGAAGCUGGGCCAGAAGAAGAUGAACCGCAUGGCAAGAGCAGGAGAAGCCGAUCGCCACACUACUGCAUCUCUCCCCAAGCACUUGUUCACCGGCAAGCGUACCAUCGGCAAGACUCAACGUCGGUAAAGGCUUUGUCUUCAAGUGCCGAGUGCACGAUGAGACAAUGUCACCACCCCUUAAUAUAUCUCAUCUUCUACAUGUCAUGAACUGGGUGUCAAAAAACAGGGCGUCGGGGGUUAUGUUUCUUCAUGUUUUGAUUGUUUGUUACAGUCAACGGUCUCUGGAUGAAUUAUACUGCUGCGUAAAUACCUGGGGUUGUUCCGACCCAACCGAAUCAGCAUUUAUCGGCUUGAUUGAUUUGAAUAUUUUGAUGAACGCGAAGACGAAGAUAGAAAUAAAAAUUGAUCAUUUUGCCUUGAUAUACUCUCAUUUAGUCUUUUGUUCGCGGUGUAUCACUUACUAGAGGCUCAAUGCAUUUCUAUUUAGCAUUAGUACUCCCAGAGACAUAACUGUUUCACCACAGAUAACUUGUCUUGUUACUACUGGCCCCUAUAUUGCCAUACAUUCG